UGAUUAAAAUUUUAUCAUAAGAAAAUGGCGCCCUGGAUGUUUAAAAGUACUGUGUUAGAAUUAAUGAAUUUACCGUUUGAAUAAAUCAUUUUAAAGAAAUAAAAAUGACUUCGCACACUACUCCGGUUAUUGAAGAAUUAGCCAAAGAUUAUGCAAGUUAUGCAAAAUUAGAUUUAUCCAAUCAGAUGAAAAGUUUUCACGACACGAUCGAAGAUGUGAUGAUGCGCUUAGAAGAAUUCCAAUCAAUCAUUGAAAUGGUUCAGUCUGAAAGUUCACAAUGCAUGGAACAACAUAUUCCAAGAUUACAAGAUAUGCAGCAAGAAGUCAUAAACCUCUGCAGAAGAAUAGAUGCUUUAGAGCACGUUAUUGCAAUGGCUAAUGUAAAUCUAACUACAUUAGAAGCUGCUGUUGAUAAUGCAGAAGCUGAAUUAGGCAUUUCUGAUAGAUUAUUUGGAAUGUUAAAUCCUUUAUCCUUCUUUAAAAAAGCUCAAGAGCCCAUGGUACCAAGUAAAUUACCAGCAUUUGAACCUCCAACAAUUUAUAGAAGUGAUGAUUAUUUCAAAAACGAAUAAACAGUGCAUUUUACAAAGAAAUAAUAUCCAUUAAUUAGUCUCAUGCAUAUACAUGUGUCAGAUGUUAAUGAAAUAUCUAGAGAUACAAAAUGUUACAAAUGAGACUUAUUAUUAUUAUUAUCCAACUCUAAUAUAUUUUGUUUAUUUCAAUUAUAAACAUGCUGUAAAAAGUAUGUUUUGGAAAACAAUGUUAACAUGCUGCAAGAGUACAUGUCCUUAAUUGUGCUUUUUUCUCGCCUAAAAGACAACCUCCGCUUACACAGUGUCUCCAUCUUGUAAGUUUUCCAACUCCACAAGUAACACUACAACUAGACCAGUUUCCCCAGUGAUCCCAUACUUUUGGCCCCUCUCUAUCUAAUUUACCUGUCAUUAAAUUGUUUAUGUAUUAGUUGUCAUUCGUUACCAAAGUAAAAAUUAGCGAUAAAAUUAUUAACAAUAUUUUAUAAAUUACAGUUUUCUAAAUAAAUCGUAUAGAUUAUAUAUUGUAAUUCAUAAUGUUUGUUACAUGUGUUUUAUAUAAUAAAUUUCUACUGUUAUAGCAUAUAA